UCUAACUUUAGACCCAUGUUUUUCCCUCUAUGUUUUAUAGUCUUCCCGAGGUGCUGUUAGCAACUAGCCAUUAGCAUUAGCCGUUAGCGGACAAGAUUUAUAAAUAGUUUGAGGGGCCUGUUUGUUUCAUCUGUCUGACACUCGACACCGACCGUCCGUCAGAUAGCUGGUUAUGUGCACUAGUUGAAGGCCCUGGUAACCGUCCCCAGCCUGCAACACUAGCUUUCUCCUGGACGGCUCGUCUUUCUCCGCCUGGUCUUCAGACCCUUCGUCUAACCAAGCAUCUGACCAGCGCUCCUAGGCCUGAGAGAGUACUGUAUGGAUGGAGGACUGGGCUGGAGCAGCAGGUUGAGUAGAGAGGCACAGAGCGGUCAGUGUGCUGUCUGAGAGGGCUCUGGGCAACAAAGGGCCUGUCUUCCUGCAGCUGCUGGCUUGGUGCAGCAUGCCAAGGCUCUCCUCAGGACAGACUUGUGUUUGAGGAUUUACUAAAAGAUCACUACACAAAUAUGGAAUACAGCAGCAGAAGGACACACGGGAUGUCAUGGCUCCUUCUGCUGCAGAAAUGCAAUACGCCUUAGGGGCCCACCAGGAAUACAACCACGCCUUGGGGCUAAGGCCCUCCAAAGAGACUGAUUGGGCCCCUCUGAGGUUUCCUAAACCAGCCCCAGCUAAACACUGCUGUCUGGGUGUGUGACUGAGCACUAGACAUGAGCUUUGUCUGAGUGAAUGUGAGUGUGUGUGUGAGGUGUGUGAUUGAGCUUUACCCAUGACGACGGUGGAGAAGCGCCACUUCAGCCGGAGGGGCAGCGGCCACAGGAAGCACAGCAGCGGCGGCUUGAGCGACACAUCCAGUGGAGGCUCGAUCCUGGAUGACACAGACCGUGAGGUCAGCAGCCUGACUGACCGAGCCUUCAGGAGCCUCUGCAUUGGCGAAGAAGCCAUUUACAACGACUCUGACCUGGGCUCCUCACCGUCAGCUCAGAGGGAGAGACACCAGGCCUUCAGCCAAGAUAUUAUAGCUGCCCAGGAGAAGGAGGACAGGGAAAGGGAUGCUCUCAAGAGAGCCGCCCACGAGAGCUUCAGCCUCAGUCUCCAGCAAUAUGGACAGGGAGGGGGUGAGGACAGUAUGGUUUAG